UGUAAAGAGAGGGAGGAGAGAGAAAGAGCGUGUUUAUGGAGGAAUGUGACAGUGUUCAGUGUAUGGGAGAUGGGACGGAGUGAUUGCAAGCAUACCAGGUGUUGAAGAGAGGUGAAGAGACGAGAGACAACUAUUUCUCUUCACAACAAAAGUGCUAGCUAGUAUCUGCCUGGAAGACGUUUGUCCACAGUGAUCCACUCAGCUUUUUGAGAACAGAGCAGGACUGGCACAGACAGUGACUGUGGAGGCAUGCAGGCGGUGUAUAAUGAAGAUGAAGAACUGACAGAACCUCACUGGGGUCAUGAGUUCUGUCUUUCCUUCACCUCUGUAUAACUUGCCUGCUUGGAGUUCAGCCCGACCCAGCCCUCACCUAUGCCUACAGGACCAUGGGUAGUGUCAGCAGCCUCAUCAACGGCAACAGCCUUGACAGCAAACACUGCAAGGCAUCCGACUGCAGGUUAAAAAAGGAAACGAACCCUCACAGAAAGAGUGGAGGCUGCAGCCUUGACAGUUUACUCAGGUGUGGCUUCACUCAGGGCACCUCGUCUAACAAUCAUCUCUCUAAAGGCCUGUCACACUCCCGCUCAGGAAGAAGUGAAGAUUUUUUUUACAUUAAGGUGAGCCAUAAAACAAGAUCAGCGUACCACAGAGGAGGAUCGAUGGAAGAUCAUGCAGGUGAAAAGAACAAAGAUGGACAAUCAGAUGGGCGACUGCAACAAAAAUUGAUGCUCAUGUCAGGGAACGUGAGUCAAAAAACCUCUGCUGGGAAGUCAUUGGUCCGUUCCACUGCCUUUAAGCCUGUGAUUCCCAGGAGUACGACCUCCAGAGAGACAGGCCACAACAGCCUGGACCGCAUCCUUUGUCCUCAGGAGACAACCAGAAGUCCAGAUAUAAGGCAGAAGCAGGACAACCUCUCAGGGACUCUCUCAGACUCUGGACAUAACUCCAUGUCUAGCCUGCCCACCCACAGCACCAGCGGCAGCCUAAGUGCAUCAACAGGGCCUGUCAAUCAAAGUGACGGCAGCUCUGCUCCUUCAAACAGCCUCAGCAAGGGAGUGCAGCCUAAUUUCCCUCCAUGGGUCAACGGGAACAGCGCUAACCUUGACUGUAGCUACAGGGCUGGUUCAAACAGCAGGGGGUCAGCAUCCAAGGCUAAUGGGGACUCUGCUGCCCCACUUUGUGCAGAUGAGAUGAAUACUCUGUCCCAAACUGCAGGUGGGAUUCGCUCUCCUAUUACAACAGAUGAGUCACUGAUAGAACGCUUGGCAAGGCUGCUGGAGCGAGAGACUGAACUGCAGGAGCUACAGUAGAGAGCAGUGAGUUUUGAGGAAAAGGAAGCAGACACCUGCCAGCUGUUUGAGGAAAGACAGUACUGUGCUGAAGAGAUGGAGGGCCUAAAGCAGCGAUGUUACAAGCUGCGGCAAGUGUCCCAAAUAGCUGCAAAAACUCAUCAAGCACUCCAGCUUCAGGUCAUCCAGCUCCAGGUCAGCGAGAAGGAGAGGCUACAGGAAGAUGUCUCAAAGCUGACCAGAGAGAAGGACCUUGUGGAGCUCAGGCUGAGGUCUUAUGAGGCACAGGGCACACAGCUUGCUCCAACACUUGAGGAAACUCAAUGGGAGGUAAGUUAUGAGUCAUAUUGUGCAGAAGUCAGGGAGAUCUCAUUGUUGAAGCAGCAGCUGAGAGACUGUCAGGCAGAGGUCAGCCACAAGUUAAAUGAGAUUGUCACCUGCGUGGCGUUACUGAAGGAAAACACUUCAAAGAUGGAGGACACUGGAGAAGCAGAAUAAGAGCACGAGGACAAACUGCACUCCCGCACCAUAGGAGCCGAGGUGUGUCAGAAUGAACUCCAGCGAAAGAAGAAUGAGGCUGAUUUGCUGAAGAAAAAGUGGGCAGACUGGAAAACGGACAUUCAGGCAAUUGAACAGGAUCUGGCCUGGGCUAAAGAGCAGAGACUGCAGCACAUUGUGCAACAAGAUGCCUGUGCCCAGACUCAGUCCUUGGAAAGAAUAAUCCAAGGCUCGGACUCUCCCUCCCAGGGAGGUGGAGGAGGACAGUGGAAUGUCUCCACAGAAUCACUCCAGAGGGAAGUGGAGAGACUGAAGCAGCAGCUCAGCGAGGAGAAGGAUGCUCAGGAGAGUCAGGCCAAAAGCUUUGAGCAGGAGACGCUGACAUGGAACAAGGAGAAGGACAGGGUCAUCAAAUAUCAGAAGCAGCUCCAGAUCAACUACCUGCAGAUGCACAAGAAGAACCAGGACCUGGAGAGGAUCCUGAAGGAGCUUGACAGCUGAACGGAGAGCCGGACAGAGCUCGGCCUCAACUACAGCUCAGGGCUACAAACAUAUGACGACGUUAUUGCCACAGAGAUUGAUGUGAGCACUCACACACAUACAGUUAAAGUAAAAUGGGCACUUGAUAGUGUUUAAACACAGACAAUAUUAUACUAUUAUGCCUGGAGUCAUUCACUGCCUGUUAGGUUUUAUAAGUGUAUUUAAUAGAUAUAUGCAUAACAUAGUGACAACUGCUAGCCCUUGUCUUAAAGUAAAUUCUAAGUUAUUUCAUGUUCAAAUGGGAAUAUUUUUUAUAUAUUUCUACUGUGCUGUUUAACAGGAUCCCUCUUUUGAAUUGUGCAUAAUAAUGUAUUUUAAAACAUCCCUUUCUGUUGUUAAUUAUACAGGCCAGACACUAGGUUGAUUCAUCUGUUUUUGUGACUAAUGGCUGAAGGUGACACAUGACGAGCAUGAUAGUGGCUUAACAUCUGUCCCUUUCAGCAUGAGAAAUGACAGUAAUAUAUCAUCUGUUGUGGGUUAGGGUUCCUAACACCUUAAUUAACUUUGCCAUUUAAGCCCACAUACUGCUUUGCUCCUUAACUGUCUGUUUUGGGGGCAUUAUGCAUGUAAAACUAGGUUUUAAUAUUUCAGUCAAAAACAAUGCACAGGUCUUAUUUUUGUAUAUUUGCAGCAAUUGUUGUAUUCACACUGAUGUCAAACAAGAGUUUUGCACUUCGAAAUACAUGUCAAAUAAUCGUCAGGUGUCAUGUAUCAAUUCAACAGUGAAAACAUUCAUUCAGCAUGCAAUCAAGUAGUCCUGGUAUUUCAGUUUCUUUAACCAAGAGCAUGUUCUCAGGUAUUCUUGGUUUUGCCAAAUUCAACAACUAAUUUAUACAAUAGAAUCAUGCAAAUAAACAAUACGUAUUGAACUAA